AUGUUCAGUCACUUUGACCCUCCCCUGCCACCAGAACGUAAUGGCAUAGAGUCGGUGGAAGCCUACCUUCGCUAUAAUUAUGUGGGAAAUCUGGGCUUGUCACGCCACCUUGACGAUCUAGACGCUGACUCUAUCAGCCUCACUUCAACGUCCAUCUCCACCAGUCGAACUGAUGAUUGUGCAAGCUCUUGCAGUUCGGGUCCUCUGGACAAUGGUACCACCUACAGCCGAGGCGAAGUUCCCGAAUUAGGCGAGGUGGCGGACCCAGUGCCCAUAAAGUUGGCACAGCAAAGGGCCUUCUUUCGGUCACAACCCCUCCUCGUUUACCGAGGUCACGAUGGUGUUGUAACAGAACUCGCCUGGUCAAAAAACCUUUUCCUUCUCAGUACUGGCAUGGACAGACAAGUCCGACUUUGGCACGAUGAUCGAUACUUCCUGUCAGGCAGUCUAGAUGGGAAGCUGCGACUAUGGAACAUUCCGGACAAGAAGGUGCGCUUCUGGGUAGACGCACCCUUACCUUCAUCCCUGCCCUCUUCCGCCAAACUCUCUGCUCCCUCGGCCUCGGGCAUCUUCGAGCCAAAGACCAUUAUUACUUGCGCCUGCUUUGCCUGCGAUGGCACCAAAGUGGUUAUCGGUAGCUACGAUGGCCGCGUCAUGUUCUUCAACACCGAGUUAGCUUACAUAACCUUCAUAAACGUGAAAUCAUCAUCGAGCCGUGGUCGCCAGUGUCGUGUCACCGCCAUUGAGGUGGACCCUACGGACUCUAACAAGGUACGUUUUUUUAAAUAA